GGAUGUGCGCGUUGUGAUAUUGAUGCUGAAAUGAUAUCUUGUGCAGCCCUAAUUUAAAAUAUAGAUCUGUGUCCGGCAGAGAACUACAGCUGUGUUCUACUUUGCUGAACAGUGAAUCGACUGUUUUUUUUUCUUUUAGGUGCUAGGUGAAUUGCUGACAGCCAUGGAUGCUCUCAUGGACACCUUCAGGACCCUCGCCAUCGCCAGAAGACUGCAGCCCAUUGAGGCCACAUAUAUUCUGGACGUUUCUCUUGCAGCGUCAGAUGUUCUGGCCAUGUGCUGCUCCAAUCACUCAGUGCAUCUCCACAACAGAGAGACGCUCCGUCAGGUGGGUCAGUUUCAGGGCCACACGGCUCCUGUCUGUGGGGUCCGUUUCUCUCAUCUGUCCCCUCACCUGCUGUUCUCUGGCUCUGCCGAUGGGACGCUGCGGUCUUGGGACAUCCGACGGCCUGCUUCUGACUCUGUUCAGGUUUUCCGCAGUGAUUCGACACAUACGUACUGCUCGUUUGAUGUGAGCUGUAGUGAUCGUGUGCUGUGCGCUGGCACCGAGCAGGUGGAGGAGGACAGUUUUUUAGUCUUCUGGGAUGCCCGUAUGGUACAGGAUGGAGGCCCGCUGGGCGUUUAUUCGGAGUCACACAGUGAUGAUGUCACUGCGGUGAAGUUUCACCCUCAGCAGGCUGACCGGUUGGCUUCUGGAGGCACAGAUGGGCUGGUGAAUGUGUUUGAUCUGAGUCUCGGAGGAGAGGACGAUGCUCUUGUCACCACCUGCAACUGCAACUCCUCUGCAAGCUCCCUCUGCUGGACGGGCAAAGAUCUGGACCGGCUGCUUUGUCUGACUCAUGAUGAGGGGCUUCACCUCUGGGACGUUGCCCGUCCAGACAGCAACGACACUUUGAUCCUUCUGAGUUCUGCUGACGCUCGAACACUUGUCCAGCUCCCCGACGGAGCUUCACUCGAGUACUUUAUUGGCGGUACAUGGCUAUCAGAUGAAGAGCGGACUCUUUUAGUGGGUGGAAGUAAUCAAGGAGAGCUUCACCUCCUGGAUUGCAGUGGGAGUGGCUUAAGGCUUAUUCAAUCCCUGAAAGGCGGGCAUUUGGCUACAGUGAGAUGCUUCCAGUGGGAUGUGGUUGGUCGAUCUCUGGUGACGGGCGGAGAGGAUGGCCAGUUGUUGCAGUGGAAGGCGGGAGCAGAGGAACUCAGUGUGGGGAAAAAAGAAUCUCUUAAAAGCAUCUCCUCAAUGCAGCUCAAAACCAAAGCUCACAGAAAACAAGCUACAAAGACAGACCGGACAAAAACAGCAUGAUCGUGUAGCGUAUAUCUGUAGGAGAAACAGUUGAGAAUGAAACAGAUAACAGAGAAACUGAUUCCUGCUUUCACAAAUGAGCAAAACAGUCAGUCUGGGCAGGAAACUAAACAUUAUUUUUUAAUAAUAUUACCUUUUUCAGAGACUGUAAUAAUAAUAAAAUCUUGUGUACCCUGAGGAUGAGUAAAAUGA